AUGAGUCAAUUUUCUAGCAUUGCCACGUGUUUUGGUCACGUUGUACUGAUUGCCGUGACAGGAUGGUCGUUGAAAUAUCUAUCUAGUCCGAACCUCGUCAGCACACCGUUCGUAUGGAUCAUGCUCUGGUGCCUGAUGGCGUACAGCAUGCUUGGCAUCAUUCGUUUCAGUCAUCCCCAACCUGGAAAGCUGCUGCGGUUUAUGUAUGAUCAUACCUCUUUGCUUGCCAAGGUGUGUUCUUUACCGUUCUUGAACGCCCAGCUAUACCUACAACCGGAACAAUCGCUGUAUGUUUUCAGCGAAAGCUACAUGCAACCCUACCAAUACAGUUUGGGCUACACAUUGUUACUGUCGGCGAUGGUAGCUUAUGUCGCGUGUAACAUUUUCAGCGAUCUGAACCGACGCCAUAUCAGUGAACAUGUGGAGACCGGUGUAUUGCUGCUGAAUGCCGUCGGUCUUAGUCUGGCAGCUUGUAGCAGCGAAAACUAUUGGGCAAUGGGACUGGUAGUGUCCUGCGUAUUAAAACAUUUCCUGCUGCCCGUACUCGCCGAACGUUACCGAAUGCCGCACGCCCUGCUCUACACGUAUGGGUUGUGCUUUUACGAAAUAUUCGUCGUGAACGCUGUUAUCGAUAUACAAGCUUCCACAAUCAGGGUGGUAAUGUAAUCCUUGUCUAU